GAAAGAUCCGGGUUCAGAUAGAUCCUCUGGAUGGAUUUCUCUCUACACUCUCCUCUCAUCAUAGUGUCUUCUCAGUUCGGAUUCAACAGGAUUAAUGGGAAAUAUAAUAUGGACGAUCUUUUUCUCUCUGAUAGUUAUCUGCUCGAUCGUAGGAAACAUUGCUGUGCUCUGGGUGAUAAUAGGGAACAGACGGAUGUGGAGUGUGCCCAACUACUUCCUGGCAAAUCUAGCGUUGGCAGAUUUAGGGAUGGCAAUGCUGAACACAAUGCCCUCCUUUAUCUUCAUGAGAGAUGGAGUAUGGCAACUGGGAAGUAUGUACUGCUCUGUGAACAUGUUCACCUCCGUUCUGACCGUCAAUGCGAACAUCUUCACCCUCGUUGGUCUCACUGUAAACAGAAACCGGGCUAUUCUAACCCCCCUGGCUCCACGUGCCUCCUCUCUCUCUCUAGUGAUCGGUAUCUCCUUCAUCUGGCUACUGAGCGGAGUUGCAGCUGUGCCAUCAGCUGUUUUCUCAAAACUGGUUACCGUCUCGACUAAGGAUGGAGGGAAGAAGGCAUUAUGCCUGAUGGUGUGGCCUGAUGGCUGGCAGGGUAAAUCAAGCAUGGAUCAUCAUUACAACUUGUUCCUGUUCAUGAUCAACUACCUUCUCCCUCUUCUCUAUAUGAUCUUCGCAUACUCAAGGAUGGGAUGUGUGUUAAAUGCAGAAGUGAUCGGAGAAUCGACAUCAUCCUCUCGAAUGGCUCGGAACAAGAAGAAAAAGGUGGUAAAGAUGUUUGCCCUACUUGUAUUCCUGUUCGGAUUCUGCUGGUUACCCUACCAACUCUACUUUCUCAUCUCACAUUAUGUACCUACCAUUGCUAGACAGCAGUACACAAAGGAUAUGUACCUGGGGUUCUACUGGCUAGCAAUGAUCAACAGCUGUAUUAAUCCACUAAUCUACUAUGUAUGGAACGAAAGGUUUCGCUCUUACUUUGAUGACAUCAUUAUGUACUGGUGUCCGAUAAAAAUGAGAAGAAAUCAAGAAAUCGAAAUUGAACUGCAGAGUAUGGCCAGCGGAAAUAUAAACUCUGCACGAAGGAUAAUUCACACCAGAAUGGCGGUUCUCCCUAAACCAUCUGAGACAACCACCCAAUGUUAAACGACAAGAUUUGAAGGCACAUGGUUCCAAACCUAGCUCAACUAUUUGAAAGUACUAAAACAAAAAGUUAUCAACUUAAAGGAAUUAUCCACGUAUUUCCAAGGAACUCUAAAAAAAUUAAUAUGUGGAGCUUAGCUGACGCCACCAAAACAUUCAUUCUUUACUCUUUCCAACCCACAUUAAUCUCAGUAUAGAGAGAUGAUUCUUUGGUGUUCUGUCACCUUUGGCUGUCUAUGUAUAUAUAACUUUGUCUAAUUCCCUAUAAAAGUCGAUUAGUUAUUUCCAAUGAACCAGCGUUUAUACUCACCCUAUGCUGAAAGAACUAAAUUAAUUUUCAUGUGAAGUUUUAACUGGUGAUAAAUUCGGAUAGAACGAUAGAUGUCGUCUUUUCAAGAUUUAAGGGUUUUUCGUUCACAUUAACCCAAGGAGUUCCGCGCAGGCAGCGUUGAAUUACAAAGCAGGAUUAUUGUGAAAGAAACCCCUAAGUUAAAAAAAAAAUAUGUGUAUUGUUAUUAUUUUAAGAAUCAAAUUAUCUCAUGUUACUAGCAAUCAUAUUUACAGCAGUUAUAUCUGGAGUAAUUUGGUUGUGAUGAAAAUUGAUGUUUUAUCAGAAUAAAAACUGAAGUUUUAACGAUCAUUGUAACAUAGGAAGUAAAUGGGAGUUAAAAACCCCAAAAAAAACUAAAUAUAUAUUUGAAAAUUCCUUAAAGAGUUUCUGAUUUAGACUUCAGACAAUCAAUUUUCCGGAAAAACAAUAGUUCAUCUCAAAUCUCAAAUUUCUGAUAUUUCUAAUACUUUUAAAAUUGUAAAUCCUUUUCAGUAUUCUUGUUUCAUACUUGAGGUAAAUGAAUAGUUUAAAACCUCCACAAUUUUCAGAAAACAGAAACUUACAUUACAAUACAAAAAACUAAUUUUAAAAUAUAAAAAUCUCAUCAAAAAAACAGUAAAAAAAUUGAGUCUUUUCUGCCAACUCAAGUUCCUAUAUCUCAUAGUAAACUAACUGAUGUUAAAAACCUUUAUUAUUUUAAACUUUGAUUUGAUCUAACAGAAUUUAUAGUUUGAAAUAUGAAAGGUCUGCCACAUUGGACUGCAAAGAUUUUCUGGGAAUAGAAAAUCAGAGUUUGUGGCAAAACCCAAUUUAAACAAAAAAUGUAAACAAACUUUUUAACUUAAAA